GGAGCUUGGAAAUGACUCCAUCAACAAUAUGGCGGCAUCCAUAUUUUUUCAGCUGUUUAUGUUAUUAAAGAAAGACGCCAGAGCAAAUGUGAACACCAUAACAUCCACAAAGUAAUAAUGGAAGUACAAAGUCAACCACAGAAUCCUGGCUCUGUCACAGUAACAUGUGUAAUGGCGGACUGCAAGAGAGAAUUGCUGGAAACAGGUGAUAUCAAGAAAGAACCUGUCACUGACACUGUAACCACUGACUGUGAGAGAGAAUUGGAGGAAACAGGUGAUCUCAAGAAAGAACCUGUUACUGAUACAGGUGGAAACACUGACUGUGAGAGAGAAUUGCUGGAAACAGGUGAUGUCAAGAAAGAACCUGUUACUGACACAGGUGUAAUCACUAACUGUGAGAGAGAAUUGAUGGAAACAGGUGAUCUCAAGAAAGAACCUGUUACUGACACAAUUGUAAUCACUAACUGUGAGAGAGAAUUGCUGGAAACAGGUGAUCUCAAGAAAGAACCUGUUACUGACACAGGUGUAAUCACUAACUGUGAGAGAGAAUUGAUGGAAACAGGUGAUCUCAAGAAUGAUUGUGGUUGUCCAGCAGAGCAUGAGUGUAGUGUGUGUGAGAAAAUAUUAGCAAAAUCAGGUACUCUGCAGACACACAAAAGGAUUCACAGUGGGAUCAAGCCUUAUAAGUGUGGUGAAUGUGGGAAAGAAUAUGCACUCUCAAGUCACCUGCAUAAACACAUGAAGAUUCACAGUGGAAUAAGGCCAUAUCAGUGUGUGGAAUGUGGGAAAGGAUUUAAACGGUCAGGUGAUCUUCAGAAACACACAAGGAUUCACAGUGGAAUUAGGCCUUAUCAGUGUGUUGAAUGUGGGAAAGGAUUUGCCCAGUCAGGUGAUCUGAAGAAACACAUGAGGAUUCACAGUGGAGUCAAGCCUUAUCAGUGUGUUGCAUGUGGGAAAACAUUUACACAGUCAAGUGACCUGCAGACACACACGAGGAAUCACAGUGAAGUGAGGCCUUAUCAGUGUGUUGAAUGUGAGAAAGAAUUUAAACAGUCAAGUGGCCUGCAUGCACACAUGAGGAUUCACAGAGGAAUCAAGUCUUAUGAGUGUGUUGAAUGUGGGAAAGCAUUUAUACACUCAAGUAACCUGAGGAGACACAUGAAGAUUCACAGUGAAACCAAGCCUUAUCAAUGUGAUGAAUGUGGGAAAGGAUUUUCACGGUCACAAUACCUGAACUCACACAUGAUGAUUCACCGUGGACUGAAGCCUUUUCAGUGUGUAGAAUGUGGUAAAGGAUUUACACGGUCAGAACGCCUGCAGACACACAUGAGUGUUCACAGCGAAGUGAGGCCUUAUAAGUGUGGUGAAUGUGGCAAAGGAUAUAAACAGUCAAGUGGCCUGCAGGCACACAUGAGGAUUCACAGUGGAAUCAAACCUUAUCAGUGUGUUGAAUGUGGGAAAGCAUUUAUACACUCAAACAGCCUUAAGUCACACAUGAAGAUUCACAGUGGAGUCAAGCCUUAUCUGUGUGUUGAAUGUGGGAAAGGAUUUAUUCACUCACAUGACCUGCAGAAACACAUGAGGAUUCACACUGGAGUCAAGCCUUAUCAGUGUGUUGAAUGUGGGAAAAGAUUUACACAGUCAGGUGACCUGCAGACACACAUGAGGAUUCACAGUGGAGUCAAGCCUUAUAAGUGUGGUGAAUGUGGGAAAGUAUUUACACAGUCAAGUGGCCUGCAUGAACACAUGAAGAUUCACAGUGGAAUCAGGCCUUAUCAGUGUGUCGAAUGUGGGAAAGGAUUUAAACUGUCAGGUGACCUGCAGAAACACACAAGGAUUCACAGUGGAGUCAAGCCUUAUCAGUGUGUUGUAUGUGGGAAAGGAUUUACUCAGUCAAGUAACCUGCAGAAACACACGAGGACUCACAGUGGAGUCAAGCCUUAUCAGUGUGAUACAUGUGGGAAAGGAUUUACACGAUCAGAUCACCUGCAGACACAUAUGAGGAUUCACAGUACAGAGCAUGAUUUGGAUACAUUGAACUCCAUAACAUCACUCAUGGACUGUGACAGAGAAUUGGUGGAAACAGGUGAUCUCAAGAAAGAACCUGUCACUGACACAGGUGGAAACAUGGACUGUGAGAGAGAAUUGGUGGAAACGGGUGAUAUCAAGAAAGAACCUGUCACUGACACAGGUGGAAAAACUGACUGUGAGAGAGAAUUGAUGGAAACAGGUGAUCUCAAGAAAGAACCUGUCACUGACACAAGUUUAUUCACUGACUGUGAGAGAGAAUUGGUGGAAACAUGUGAUAUCAAGAAAGAACCUGUCACUGACACAGGUGGAAACGUGGACUGUGAGAGAGAAUUGGUGGAAACAGGUGAUCUCGAGAAAGAACCUGUUACUGACACAGGUGGAAACGUGGACUGUGAGAGAGAAUUGGUGGAAACAGGUGAUCUCGAGAAAGAACCUGUCACUGACACAAGUUUAUUCACUGACUGUGAGAGAGAAUUAGUGGAAACAGGUGAUAUCAAGAAAGAACCUGUUACUAACACAAGUUUAUUCACUGACUGUGAGAGAGAAUUGGUGGAAACAGGUGAUAUCAAGAAAGAACCUGUUACUAACACAAGUUUAUUCACUGACUGUGAGAGAGAAUUGGUGGAAACAGGUGAUAUCAAGAAAGAACCUGUCACUGACACAAGUUUAUUCACUGACUGUGAGAGAGAAUUGGUGGAAACAGGUGAUCUCAAGAAAGAACCUGUCACUGACACAAGUUUAUUCACUGACUGUGAGAGAGAAUUGGUGGAAACAGGUGAUAUCAAGAAAGAACCUGUCACUGACACAAGUUUAUUCACUGACUGUGAGAGAGAAUUGGUGGAAACAGGUGAUAUCAAGAAAGAACCUGUCACUGACACAAGUUUAUUCACUGACUGUGAGAGAGAAUUGGUGGAAACAGGUGAUAUCAAGAAAGAACCUGUCACUGACACAGGUGAAACCACCGACUGUGAGGGAGAAUUGGUGGAAACAGGUGAUCUCAAGGCAAAGCUAAUUAUAAUAGAAAGAAUCAUGGCUUUGAAUCCACGAUCAGCAGGUCCUCUACCUGCUAAGAGAUACAACUCUUAUGGUGGUUCAGUAAAGGAGUCCCAUAAGUGUCGUUUCUGUGAGAAAACAUUUUCACAACAUGGUGGCAUGGAGUCACACAUGAGUAUUCACACUGGAAUAAAGCCAUAUCAGUGUGUUGAAUGUGGGAAACGAUUUGCAAGAUCAGGUACUGUCAAGGCACACAUGAGCAUUCACAGUGGAAUCAAGCCUUAUCAGUGUGUUCAAUGUGGGAAUCGAUUUAGAAAAUCAUGUACCCUAAAGACACACAUGAAGAUUCACAUUGUUGUCAAGCCUUAUCAGUGUGUUGAAUGUGGGAAAAGUUUUGCACUAUCGGGUGAUCUGCAGAAACACAUGAGGAUUCACAGUGGAGUCAAGCCUUAUCAGUGUCAUGCAUGUGGGAAAACGUUUACUUAUUCACAUAACCUGCAGAAACACAUGAAGAUUCACACUGGAGUCAAACCUUAUAAGUGUAUGGAAUGUGGGAAAGCAUUUUCACACUCAGGUGAUCUGAAGACACACAUGAGGAGUCACACUGGAGUCAAGCCUUAUAAGUGUAUUGAAUGUGGGAAAGAAUUUGGACAGUCAGGUAACCUGCAGGCACACAUGAGGAUUCACACUGGAGUCAAGCCUUAUAAGUGUAUUGAAUGUGGGAAAGAAUUUGGAAAGUCAGGUAACCUGCAGGCACACAUGAGGUUUCACAGUGGAGAGAAGCCUUAUAAGUGUGUUGUAUGUGGGAAAGCAUUUGGACGAUCAGGUGAUCUGCAGAAUCACAUGAAGAUUCACACUGGAGUGAAGCCUUAUCAGUGUGUUGAAUGUGGGAAAAGAUUUUCACUGUCAAGUAAUCUGAAGAAACAUAUGAGGAUUCACAGUGGAGUGAAGCCUCAUAAGUGUGUUGAAUGUGGGAAAAAAUUUACACGGUCGGCUGAUCUGAAGACACACAUGACGAUUCACAGUAGAGUGAAGCCUCAUAAGUGUGUUGAAUGUGGGAAAGAAUUUACACGGUCGGGUGAUCUGCAUACCCACAUGAGGAUUCACAGUGGAGUGAAGCCCCAUAAGUGUGUUAAAUGUGGGAAAACAUUUACACAAAAAAGUAACCUGCAGACACACAUGAGAAUUCACAGUGGAGUGAAGCCUCAUAAGUGUGUUGAAUGUGGGAAAGAAUUUUCACUGUCAAGUAAUCUGAAGACACACAUGAGGAUUCAUAGUGGAGUGAAGCCCCAUAAGUGUGUUAAAUGUGGAAAAGCAUGUACACAAUCAAAUAAUCUGAAGGCACACAUGAGGACUCACAGUAGAGUGAAGCCUCAUAAGUGUGUUGAAUGUGGGAAGACAUUUACACAAUCACGUACCCUUCAGACACACAAGAGGGUUCACUGUGGAAAACAUUAAACUUAUAAAUGAUAGGUCAAUCAGUUAUUCCUUUAAUCCAUGCAUUAUGCAUGGAGUUUUGGCUCCGAGAGAUGGGUGCAUUCAGUGCGUGUUUGUGAGUAUGCAUAUGGAUGGGGAUGGUGUGUUUACAUGUAUGACUGGAUUGUGGUGUACGUAAGUAUGGGUGAAUUGAAUGUGUGUGUGAGAAUGUGCAUGUAUGGGCAUUGUGUGUAUGUGUGGAUGGUGGUGUAUGUUGGUAUGGGUGCAUUGUAUGUGUGUGUGUGAGUAUGCGUUUGUAUGGGACUGUUGUGUUUGUGAGUAUAAGAUGAAGGUGAGAAAGAAUAUAGUACCGCUCACCUAUGUCUAUUAUAUUGUAUUGUAUCGCUUUCCACUUUCAUAAAUAUACUGAACAACAAAAGUUCCUGUGACAUUGAAUAAGAUUUAAUGCAAUGUUAUUUUUUUUACCAAAUCUGAAACAAUUUCGGUUUGCAACAGA